CAGAUUCCAGGCUGGCUCCCGGGCGUGACGUCAGGCGCGGGCCCGCCUGGCUCCCGGCCCGCCCCGGCCCCUCGCGCUCGGGAAAAUGCUGCUCUCGGUGCAGCCGCGCUCCGGCCUCCCCGCCUUCGCCUACAACAAGAGCGGCAAGAAGCAGCCCUAUGUGCCGCCGGCGCAGCCGCUGGGCCCCCCCAGCCCCAGCCCCGCCGGGGGGGCCACGGAUCAGCUCAGCAAGACCAACCUCUACAUCCGCGGGCUGCACCCCGGCACCACAGACCAGGACCUCGUCAAGCUCUGCCAGCCCUACGGGAAGAUUGUCUCCACCAAAGCCAUCCUGGACAAGACGACCAACAAGUGCAAAGGCUACGGCUUUGUCGACUUCGACAGCCCCACGGCGGCCCAGAAGGCCGUGACGGCGCUGAAGGCCAGUGGGGUGCAGGCCCAGAUGGCCAAGCAACAGGAGCAGGACCCCACCAACCUCUACAUCUCGAACCUGCCGCUGGGGGUGGACGAGCAGGAGCUGGAGGCGCUGCUGAAGCCCUUCGGGCAGGUGGUCUCGACCCGCAUCCUGCGGGACCCCCACGGGGCCAGCCGCGGCGUGGGCUUCGCACGGAUGGAGUCCACGGAGAAGUGCGAGGCCGUCAUCACCCACUUCAACGGGAAGUACAUCAAGACGCCCCCGGGGGUGCCAGGUGGGCUGGGGGGGUCCCGAGGGACUGGGGGGGGCCAGGGGCUGGCCAGUGGUGCUGACGGCCCCUCCCCACAGCCCCCCCCGGACCCGCUGCUCUGCAAGUUCGCGGACGGGGGGCAGAAGAAGCGGCAGAGCCAGGGCAAGUUCAUGCCCAACGGGAGAGCCUGGGCCCGGGACGGCGACGCGGGCACCGUGACCUUGGCCUAUGACCCCGCGACGGCGCUGCAGAAUGGGUUCUACCCGGCGCCCUACGGCCUGGCCCCCAGCCGGAUGAUCGCCCCCACGGCCCUGGCCCCCUACCUGCCCUCCCCCGUCUCCUCCUACCAGGUCCACGGCCCCGCCUGGAUGCACCAGUCCUACCUCGUGCAGCCCACGGGCGCGGUGCUGGCCCCCGCUGUGGACCACGCCGUCCCCCUCCAGCCCUCCGUGGUGGCCCCCCUGGCCCAGCAGCUCGGCCACCUCUCGCUGGGCAGCGCCGGCACGUACGUACCCGCUGCCACCGCCGUCCCCGGAGCCUUCAUCCCGCCGUACCCACCGGUGCCGCCUGCUCUCCCGCUGGAGGACGGCAGCGCUGCCCCGACCCACGGCCCCAUCGAGUCGCCGUCCGAGCCCGGCGCCUUCCCCUACCCCUACCCCAAGUAGCGGCGGGGGGGGGCCGGCCCGAGGGACCUGGCACCUGCCGG